AUGCCGCCUUCAUCCGCCGUGCUGGUGACCAAGGUCAAGGUUCAGCUCAAGCUGGCCAUCGCGAGGUUGCGCAUGGUGCAGAAGCGCGACGAGGCGCUCGCCAAGCAGCAGCGGAGGGCCAUGGCCCAGCUGCUCGACGUGGGCAAGGUCGACUCGGCGCGCAUCCGCGUCGAGAACAUCAUCCGCUCCGACAUCGCCACCGAGCUGCACGAGAUCCUCGAGCUGUACUGCGAGCUGCUGCUCGCCAGAGCCGGCCUCCUCGACGCGCCCACCUGCGACCCGGGCCUCGAGGAAGCCGUCAAGAGCAUCAUCUACGCCGCCCCCAAGACGGAAAUCAAGGAGCUGAAUCAGGUGCGCACCCUCCUGGCCGAGAAGUUCGGCAAGGAGUUUGUUCUCAACGCCAUGGAAAACACGGACGGGAAAGUGUCGGAGAAGGUGGUCAAGAAGCUCAGCGUGACGCCGCCCAAGGAGGAACUGGUUGUCGGGUACCUCGAGGAGAUCGCCAAGGCGUACGGCGUGAACUGGCCGAAGAGGCCCAAGCCAGACCUGGGAGAUGUCCCUGACCUUCUGGACGACGACGACGACGACGACGACGAUGAGAACCCCAGCGGUGGCCAGGCCCAGGUGAACCUGAAGGCACCCCUUGCCACCGAGGAUCCUGAGGACAGCGAGGCCGAGGCGCGGGAGGAGCUCAGCAAGGCCACACCCCCGAGAAACUUUGGGCCGAGCCUGCCGCUUCACGUCAACCCACCGAGCCCUUCGACUGAGAAUAUCCGCCCCAAGGUGACGCUCAACUCGUUGGAGCUCAAACCAAGCAAGAGGCCGGCCAAGGCUAGCGUCGCGUCAAAACCGGCAGAGCCGAAAGGGGGCAUUGCGAGUGGGAUUCCGGACGUGGACGAACUGGCGGCGCGAUUUGCUGCCCUCAAGAGAUGA